UUACCGGGCGGGACCUCGAAGUGAAACGUAAACAAUGGCGACUGUAACCUCCAGCAGACCGUACCAUGUUAUCAUUUUUGGUGCCUCGGGGUUCAGCGGGCAGUUUGUCGUGGAGGAGGUGGCCCGAUAUGCCGCAGAGACCCCCGGCGGUGGUCGUGUUAAAUGGGCUGUGGCCGGGAGAAGCAGACAGCGGCUGGAGGACGUGUUGAAGCGAGCCGCGGGGAGGCUGUCCAUGCCUGAGCUGAGGACAGACAUUGAAAUCAUUGUUGCUGAUGUGUCUAUUGAGGAGUCCCUCGCACUCAUGUGCCAACAAGGCCUGGUGAUUCUUAACUGUGUGGGACCUUACAGAUUUUACGGUGAACCAGUGGUCAAAGCUUGCAUAGCAAAUGGAGCUCACUACAUUGAUAUCUGUGGGGAGCCACAGUUCCUCGAGCGUAUGCAGCUAGAGUACCACACCAAGGCUUUGGACAAAGGAGUUUAUGUCAUUGGCAGCUGUGGCUUUGACUCCAUACCAGCAGACCUGGGGAUCCUGUAUACACAGAGGCAGUUUAAAGGAACACUGACAGCUGUGGAGAGCUUCCUGCAAAUCACCAGUGGGCCUGAGGGGUCGUCAGGCCAUGAUGCCACUUGGCAGUCUGCCGUGUACGGUUUUGCAGACAGCAAAUCCUUGAGCCAGCUGAGGAAAAAGUUUGGCCACAGGCCGCUGCCUGUGGUGGGUGCCAAAGUCAAACAGAGGGGUUUUCUCUUUUUCAGCAAGGAGAUUGAGCAGUACACCAUCCCAUUUAUGGGUUCUGACCGCUCUGUCGUCAGGAGAAGCCAGCAUUACCUGUACGAGGAGGAACAACAGUCACCAGUCCAGUACAGUCCCUACGUGGGGAUUGGUGGCCUCUUCUCUGUCGUGAAGCUCCUCUGUGGCGGCGUGCUUUUCUGGUUUCUGGUUAAAUUCAGCCUGGGCAGGAAACUCCUCACCACGUUUCCGUCAUUGUUCUCCUGCGGCUUAUUCUCCAAGUCUGGUCCAACCAUGAAGCAGAUAGAAGACACCUGUAUCAGCAUGACAUUUUAUGGGGAAGGCUACUCAGAGGGCUCAGAUCCCACACAGGGUCGACCCAACACCAAGAUCUGUACUCAAGUCACAGGAGCAGAUGGAUAUCUAAUAACAGCCUCUGCUAUGGUACAAGCUGCUGUAACUCUGCUGAAUGAGCUGCACUCUCUCCCCAGAAGGGGAGGCGUGUACAGCCCAGGAGCUGCCUUCUUUAAAACCAGCCUCAUCGAGCGCCUCAGUAACCACAACCUUAAGUUCUCAGUCAAAAACUAACACCACUUUAUGUUGUUUAAUAGUAACCACUGUAAAAGUUAAAUCACUAAUAUUGACUGAAGAUGUUCAUGAUCCGGUACAACAUCAUCACUAACAUUUUAAAUUGAAAGUUGUGAUUCAUCAGAGCGGUCUGAGCUCAGAACAGAACCACUAAAGCAAGGGGAGGUUUGCUGUUUCACUCAAGUCCACUUCAGAAAACAUCUGUUUUUAACUCGUUUUCUCUUUUCUUUCUGUUGCAAAGCAGCAAGUACUUGCAUUUAAAUCUGGGGGGAAUGUAAACAUGUUUUCCUAUCAUCUUUAAGAUAUCUCACAUUGAUGCAGCAGCUCUACAUCUUUCCAACAAGCUGGCAUAUUUCACACACUAAUCUGUUGACUCUGCAUUCUUGAAAAUGUGUUAGGUUGGCUUUUUGCAAAUCUGAUCAACACACUUAGUCAACAUGCAAACGUGUACUUUAACAUGUAAGAAAACAGGGGUGCCAGUGGCCUAGUGGUUGGUGUUUGCGGCCAAUUUGCAGAGGCUGUAGUCCUCCAGGUGGGCGGCCCGGAUUCAGGUCUGGCCUUUGGCUCCUUUUACCGCAUGUAAUUUCCCUCACUCUCUCUUUCUCCCUGAUUUCCAACUCUAUCCACUAUCUGUACAAUAAGGGCACAAAAAGCCCCAAAAACUAAUCUUAGAAAAACAGCAAAAAAGAAACUUCAGCAGAAACUGAGUAAUUAAAACAGAAUUAUAAAAGAACAGAAACAUCUUUCUUUUGUGACUUAUGGUAAUGCAGAAUCCAUAAUGCAGAACAUCUCUGGAAUAAGAGAUGAUGCUUUUACUGCUUUUCAGCAUCAUUCUGACCGACUGCCAACAGUUUAGAAGUCAUACAUUAUUCUCCUUUAUCAACAAGUUUAAGUAAGUCUCAGAGCUUCUAACAACAUGUCUGUGAAGUUUCUUGUUCUAAAUCCACUCUGAUCCUGUAUUUGAUCAUUACUAUAAACCCCUCUAUUUCA